AUGGCCUCCCAACCUCCCCCCAAAGGGGGCAUGAUGUCGCUGUACGCCAACUUGCUUGAUCCGGCUUCAGAUAAUGGCUCGGCCCCUGGCACUAUCUCGCGUGCUCCUGUUGUAUUUAAACAAUCCGGCGAAAAUGAUGCGCCUCAAGAUGAUGCAGCUUCAAAGAAGCAGCAGAUAAGUGCUGCUUCUCUACGGUUUCAACCUACCAAAAGACCUCAGUUGGCUUCCCAGAAGACUAAGGCUAAACCCGGCAUACCCAAGGCACCCGUCGUGGGUUCCGCUGUGGGAACAUCUCCUGUGUCUGGAAUAGCCGUCAAACCCACGACAAAAACGUCACUUGCGGAUUGGGCUGCAACGGCCGAAGAGGAUGACGUGAACGGGUUUUAUGGAGGGGAAAAACGACAGCGGGGCGGCCGUAAAAAGCGCAAGAAGCACCGCGAGGAAACAAACCUGCAGAACUGGGAUGAUAUUUACGACCCAUCGCGACCUAAUAGCUACGAAGCAUAUAGACAUAGCGACGAGAAAAUUCGAGAAGUUCGAGAAUGGAAAGACCGGCUGUAUGCGCAUCGGAUGGCUAGAAGAACGAGCAGUGGUAUGGAUAGCGAUGAAGAAUAUUCUAGAUCACCAAGAAAUCGGCAAUUUGGACCUCCAGGCCUCAACUUUGCGCCCCCUCCAAAUCUCAAUGAGCCUCGGUCAGAACGACAGGAUUCGGAGGGUUUAUCAGAACCCGCUCCAGCGGUUUCUACCACAAUAGUACCAGACGAUGCGACUGGGGAAGAUGCGUACGCGCGACGGCUUCGGAUGAGUCAGAAUUACAUCUCUCCAGAUCCUGGCUCUACAAAUAUACCUAUACCCCCUCCGCCGCCCACCUCAUCGUCAGAACCUUUGCGUCCACAGCCGCCCCCGCCCGAUCAAGUAUUCGCAUCUGCCACCAUAUCACGAGCGCCAGUCCGGUACACGUUGCCCCCAGCACCCGAAGAGAUUCCCGCGACAGAAGCGGAAUUGGAGGCAACAUUCGCCAAGGAGGAAGAUCGCAAACAAGAACCUGACGGAGAAGGCUAUCGAUCACUUCGGCCAGGCCAGAAAGGGUUUGCAGAAAGAUUACUCUCAAAAUAUGGAUGGACAAAGGGCUCUGGUUUGGGUGCAAGUGGGGAAGGCAUAGUCAAGCCUCUGCAGGUCAAGUUGGAAAAACAAAAGAAGAAGCCGGCUUCUGAGGGUGGCGGAUUAGCUACACCAGCUGGUAGAGCUAAUAUAGUUGGUGGAAAUCAGAAGAAGUCAGAAGAUGGCAAAUUCGGGCGGAUGAGUGAAGUAGUUGUUCUGCACGGCAUGGUAGACGGGAUGGAUCUGGACGCGGAGCUGGAGAAUGGAGAAGGCGGAGGCUUGAUGCAAGAAAUCGGAGAUGAGUGUGCUGAGAAGUAUGGUCGAGUAGAGCGGGUCUUCAUCGAUCGAAACAGCCCAGGAAAAAUCCCUGUAUUUGUAAAAUUUACAAGCCAACUUUCCGCAUUGCGAGCGGUAAAUGCUCUUGAAGGGCGGAUUUUCAACGGAAACACGAUUAUAGCACGAUUUUUCGAUGUCGAUAAGUUUGAACAAGGCGUGUACGAAUGAAUUAUACAAUUAUAGUUGCAUCUAAAGUUGCCUUUUCGCCUCCAGUCCGGCGAUGUUUAGGCCUCUCGCCGUGCAACCUAAUCAUGCACCCAUCAGUACAUAUAUACAUAUUUAAUCGCAACUUAAAUUCAAUUUCCUCUAUCAUUCUGCAUGGC